AUGAGUGUAUUAGGUGAUGAGAUUGGUGUUCUUUACCUCUUGGUUAUUGCUGUUCAUGAAGCUUUCUUGGAGUCCGGUCUUGUUGGAUUUGAUUCGGUAUCUGGAACACGUGUUAAUGGACUUCAGUUCCCUGGAGAGUGGCCUUCAUCCGCUACCCCGUUGUCAGUUUCCUAUACUCUUCCGGAAGUUUUGGACAAGGAAGAUGUUUCUGAAUCAAUUGGUUUGAUUAUCCGGAGUUUGAUCAAUGGUUAG